AUGAUUCGACAUAGGGUUCAACAAUUUCUCGAUCUCCUCCCUGUUGUUGGGGUUAUUGUUCUUCAAAACACCCAAAACCUCAUCAGCGGCGACGGCGACUGUUCCGGGAGGCUGACCACUGCCCAAUUGCUACUAUACCAUGGGUUUCCUAGUCUUUUCCUUCUAAAUUCUACCAUGCGUGUAUGCUAUCAUGGUUCUCGAACCCUUGGUUCUCUUGUUUCUUUCUACGAUGAUGUUACUGGCCUUAAGACUGAGCCAUUGAAUGGAACAUACUUGGAAAGAAUUGGACAGUCAUCUGAUGAUGGAAAAAACAACCACCCCGAGCAAGAAAGUUGCCCAUUCUCAUGGGCUAGAUCUCCAGAGAAUUUGCUUCAGCAGGAGACAUAUUUGGCCUUGGCCACUGCAUUCGUGCUUUUGAGGUUGCUCUAUUUCCUUUUACCAACUCUGUCUGCAUGUACUCGAUUGGUUUGGAGACUGUACAUCCCGAAUAUGAAGUUAAAGAGCUUGUGGGAACAUCCUCCGGCCUAUCUGAAUCGAGCAAUCCAGUUAUUCAAUUCCCUAAAGGAGCCCUGCAAGAGAAGUAAUUUGCAAGAGGAAGCGACGAAUGCUAAGGCAUGGGCUUCAAAGUCCUUAGCUUCGGUUUCAUUUGGGAAUGCAAACACCAGCUGGGUUGUGCCAGUAAGUUGAUCUCACUUCACUUUUUUCGGCGAAAUUAGGCUUUUAGAUUCUCCUUUGCUGCAGAAUCUUUUCUGUGUCCGUCUGCAACAAAUUCAUGCUUUGAUUUGGUUUUCCAUUUG